CUCCCUGAGCCUCGCCCUGGUCCACCCGCGGCGCCCUGUGGGCGCGAAGGCGGCGGGCAACGCCGCGGGAGCCUCGCCGGCGGGCGCCAAGGCUGCGCCCGCGGCGCCGACGGCGACGCGGCCCACACGGCCCGCCGCGGCACCCGUGGCUGCCCCAGCGAGACCGCCCGCUGCUGCUCCGCCGAGACCGCCCGCGCCCGCUCCUGCGCCCGAGCGCCCCGCGGCGCAGUCUGGGGGCGCCGCGGCGGCGGCAGUGCCAGAGCCAGCGGGGCCCCAGAGCAUGGGCAACCUGCUGGGCUACAGCGACAGCGAGGAGGACGAGGCGGAGGAGGGCUCGAAGCCGCAGGGCGCGCAGGCGCAGGAGGCGGCCGCGCCCGCGGCCGAGGCCGAGAGCCCGCGCGUCCCGGUCGGCGAGCGGUCCGCAAAGGGCGAGGGCUUGGGCGACGUGGACGGCGAGCGGCUUGCGGCGGAGGAGCUCGCCCUCGUGGGGCACCUCUGCGGCCCGCCGGCCUGGCGGUGGCGCGUGCGCGAGCUCCGGCCGAGGCCGCGGGGCCGAGCGCUGGGCGCGGCCGAGGCCGAGGACCCGGACCUCGAGGACUUCGAGUUCGUGGCCGGCAUCCCCGACGUGCCAGCUGCGGAAUCAUCGCCGCCCUUGGGCACGGAGGUGGCGGAGCGAUUGGACACCGAGGACGCAGCCGCUCCAGAGGCCGCGGCGGCCGCCGCAGCGCCCGCGGAGACUGCAGCCGCCUCGCGCGCCGCGGCGCGCGAGACGGCCGCGCCAGCCUCGACGCCACACGCGGCGGCGCGCGAGCGCUCGCGCGCCCGCGAGCGCUCGCGCGCCCGCGAGCGCUCGCCGUCGCUGCCCGGAGGGCGCCGGCGCCCGCCGUCACCCGCGGGGGGCCCGCGGCGCCGGCGCAGCGCCGAGCGCGGCGUCGAGCGCGGCGGCAGGGCGGGCUCGGAGGGGCGCGGCGCCGCGCCGCGCUCGGAGGAGCGGCGGCCCAGGCGACCCGAGGGGCGGCGCGGGCGGGGCGAGGAGGGGGCGGGCGGUGCGCAGGCGGCCGAGAGGCUGCUGCCGCAGCAGGUCCUGCGCGCCGCGGCCGAGGUGGCCAGGCAGUGCCAGGAGAGGGAGCUCAGGCGCGAGGACGCGGCGCGCCGCGCCGCGGCCGGGCCCCAGGCGCCCGAGGCCGAGGAGCUCCAGGCCGCGCUGGCGGCCGAGCAGGAGCGCCAGGCCAAGCGCCCCAGGGUCGGGUGGCUGCUCCCCGCGGCCCCCUCGGCGCCCUCGGCGCCGGCGCCGGCGCCGGCCGCGGCGCCCGCCGCGGCGCCCGCGCCCGCCGCUGCUGCGGGCGCAGGCGGCGAGGGCACGCUGGCGGCUCUGCUGCGUGGCGGACCCGCGGCGACCGCCAAAAGAAAGGGGCCUGCGGGCGAGGUCACGGAGGGCUUCACAUCCUUGUCAACUGAAGCCUCCAUCUCGAGGUGCGCGUGGGCUAGGAGUGCAGGACUUGGUUUGAGUGCCCUUGGCAUCCCUGCCUUUGUGUAGUCGCUCGCAGUAGGUCAUGUGUAGAAGGACACGCCCUGCAAGUCUCGUUG